AUGGCUGCAAAGGAAGAUGUUUCUGCCUCAAGUGUAGAAUCUAAGAUCAUUGAGGAUCAUGAAUUCUGGAUGCAAGCAAUGGAAAGGAGCCGGUCCAACAUCAAUAUUCUGCAAGACAGAUUCGUAAACGUUGAGGAAUCUGCUCUGGUUUCCAAGGAUGUUUCAGAAAAGGAGACUGAGAUUCUCUGGAGGCGAGUGAAAACUGCAACAGCGUUAUUGACCUACCUGAAAUCAAAAGCAAGGACUGUGGCUGCUGCGGAUUUGGCCCAGCUAUCACUUGGAGGAGCUGACAAGCUCGAUGAGGGUGAUGCGCUUGUAGAUAGUAGUUGCUUGCCCGAUUCUGGAUUGUUUGAGACAAUUGCUCUCUCGGCAUGUGAUGGUACUGACACUCAGCUAAUAAGGAUGGCGACUGGUACAAAACAAGGAUCAGUAGAUGAACAUGAUGGGACUUAUGUCGCUGAGAUGCUAAAGCAUGUAGAGACGGUUACAGGUGUAAUGGAGUCUCUGGCUAGGCGUGCUAUAAUCGCUGAAUCAGAAGCCGCAGUUGAGAAAGGGAAAGUUAUGUUAAGUCAAGAAGAGAUUCAAAGAAAGGUUGGCCAAAUCGAGAACAUGUCCAUGAAAUUACAGGACAUGGAAAAGUUUGCUCUUGGGACCAGUAGUAUUCUCUGUGAAAUGCGGCAGAGGGUAGAUGACUUGGUCGAAGAGACAUCUAGACAGAAGCAAAGAGCUACGGAAAAUGAGCACGAACUCAGUCGUGUCAGGAGAGAUUUUGAGUCGCUUAAAUCCUAUGUUACAAGUCUCAUUAGCGUCAGAGAAACUCUCGUAUCAUCGGAGAAGCAGUUCCAAACAAUCGAGAGACUUUUUGAACGGCUUGUCGCAAAGACAACGCAGUUGGAAAGCGAGAAAGUGCAGAAAGAAGCAGAGGUUCAGAAACUAAUGGAAGAGAAUGUAAGACUGACGGCUCUUGUGGACAAGAAAGAGGCACAGCUUUUGGCCAUGAAUGAGCAGUGCAAAAUGAUGGCCCUAAGCUCCAUAUAA